AUGAGGUGGGAGAAUGGGACGUGGGAGUGGGAUUUGAGAUGGAGAAGAGAGCUCCGGGCGAGAGAUGUCGAAGCCUCUAAAAAUCUGGUUGCUUGUCUCUUUGAUCCUGAUCCUUGUGCAGGUGUCAAAGAUAGAUGGACGUGGAGAGCAGAUAAAGAUGGGGAGUACACGACAAAAUCAGCAUACUCGGUGAUCAAAGCUUCAAGGAUUACUUUCCAGCCGGUGAUCACUAAUAAGGAGGAGUUGGCAAAAAUCUGGGAUACACCUGCGAUCCAAAAAGCAAAAGUCUUAGCUUGGAGGAUUCUGAGGCGAAGAUUACCAACUUGUGAUAAUCUUAGGAAGAGGAAUGUGCUGCUAGGGGUGGAGGAGGCGACGUGCAAUGCGUGCUUCCACAAACUUGAAUCGAUUGAGCACGUCUUCUUACUCUGCCCAAAAACUGGAAUGCUUUGGGACAAGAUCCAAAAGUGGCUCGGAUGUAGCGCGGCUCGACCUCAAAGUAUCUCCUCUCACUUUCAAACCUUUACUCAUCUGGGCGGGGGGAAGGAAAGUGAGCUCUUCCUCAAGGCUUUGUGGAUGUGCACCAUUUGGGUGUUGUGGAAGAAAAGGAACGAGAGUCGCUUUGAAGGAAAAGGGUGGCAGAUUGACGGUGCUCUCAUGGAGGUCAAAAGGAGAUCAUGGAGCUGGGCUAACGAGUUUAGCAGUCUCGGUAAAGAUUUUAGUUUCUGUAAUUGGUGCUCUGAUGACUUGUUGUCAAGACUGAUAUGCGACGCUCGUCUGCACCCUCGUGUCGUCAACUACCACAAGAAGAAGUGUGGACACAACAAUCAGUUGAGACCGAAGAAGAAGAAGUAG